UGAAACCAAGGAACCGAAAUUUGACUUCACAUGCUGGCUUUUAAUUUGAAGACUGGAAGAUCUUGUGUAGAUACUGACUGCUUCACAGUUGCACAGAGAUAAUUGAAAAUUGUGUGAUACUGAAUUUGAAUUAUGCCUGUUAAGUAGCUAGUCUUCAGAAGAUUUAUUACAGAUGAUUGCAAAUGCUUAAACACUGAAGGAUACCUGUUAGUAUUCUUCAGAAGGAUGUAGCUCAGAUGGCAAUAUCUCAACAAGUGCAUCUAAAUAAGUUUAAGUUCAGGUAACUAAAAAUGAGAAAUGAAAAAUGAGUGCAUUUAAAAAGCGACUGAGUCCUUCUGCAAUCUUCCAGAGGUCUAUGUCAGAGCAGGAUGAUGACUCUAGAAAAGUAGGAACUAGCUUGGAGGACUAUCAUUGGUACCAUCAUGUUAGAAGCAAGAGAAUGUAUGAAGGAGCAGGUUCAGAUUUAGGAAAGCUGCUUGGAGCUUACCGAUGGCAGACUCCUCCUCGACUUCGCUGGAUGGUGACCAAGAGAACAGAUGUACCCAAGACUGCUGCACAGGCUUUCAAGGCACAGACUUCAAUUGCUGAUAAUCACCAGGAAUAUUCAGAAGAGAAGCUCACCAUGCCUGCAACUCGGCCAUUUCGUGCCCCAUUUUACAGGUCUAUAUCAGAACCUACACCACACUGGAGAGAGAGAAGUCCAAAGUCACCUCUGCAGCCAGAAUGUGGUGAGCAGGAUAAUUACUUUACCCGUGGCUUCUUUUCUACAAUCUCCAGCAGCUUUUCUAAGGCACUGAAUCGGAAAUUGGAACAAAGUGCAGUGGUGACAAAUGAGCAUGAUCAGAUGAACGUGACUACAGAUGUGACAGGACCUCCAACCCACAGACUCUCUUGUGGCCAGUCACCUGAUUCAGAAACUGUAAUAUGGGAUACCAAAUACACUAUUUUGACUGACAGCCAGCUGGUGAUGCUCAACAAGGAAAAGGAGAUGGCGGUUGAAGGAGGACAGGAACAGACAACAGAGCCUCCUACGAAAGGGCGUUGCCUUCGCCGGACUGUGAGUGUUCCUUCGGAGGGUCAGUUCCCUGACUAUCCACCAGAGGGGGCUGCUAAGCUUGAGGUCCCAGCAGAGAGGUCUCCACGAAGACGGAGUAUCUCAGGGACAAGCACAUCAGACAAAACAAAUCCCAUGGAUGCAUCAAACACAUCUCCAUUCAAAGUACCAGGCUUCUUCAGUAAACGGCUUAAAGGUUCAAUCAAAAGAACAAAAAGCCAGUCGAAGUUGGACAGAAACACCAGCUUCCGACUUCCAUCUCUUCAGCCCGCUGAUGACAGAUCCCGUGGCUUACCAAAGCUGAAAGAAUCUCGUUCUCAUGAAUCCUUGCUGAGUCCGGCUAGUGCAGUAGAAACACUGGAUCUGGCAACAGAAGAUAGAGUUCAUGUCAAGUCACUUCACGGUAGCAUACUUGGAAAAGAUUUCUGCUUUGAGGUAACCUACUCCAGUGGCAGUAAAUGCUUCAGCUGUUCUUCUGCUGCCGAAAGAGACAAGUGGAUGGAAAACCUGCGUAGAGCUAUCCAACCUAACAAGGAUAAUUGCCGGCGAGCAGAGAAUGUAUUACGUCUUUGGAUUAUUGAAGCCAAGGAUUUGACCCCCAAGAAGAAAUAUUUCUGCGAACUGUGCCUGGACGAUACUUUAUUUGCCCGCACCACAAGCAAAACAAAAGCAGACAAUAUUUUCUGGGGGGAGCACUUUGAAUUCUAUAGUCUUCCGUCGAUACACAGCAUCACUGUCCACAUCUACAAGGAUGUCGAAAAGAAAAAGAAAAAGGACAAGAAUAACUAUGUUGGUCUGGUAAACAUUCCCAUAGCCAGUGUGACUGGGCGGCAAUUUGUGGAGAAGUGGUACCCCAUCAGCACUCCGACUCCCAAUAAAGGGAAGGCUGGCGGCCCAUCUAUCCGGAUCAAAUCCCGAUACCAGACUAUCACCAUCCUCCCCAUGGAGCAAUACAAAGAGUUUGCUGAAUUCAUUACUAACAAUUACGCUGUGCUAUGCUCUGUUCUGGAACCAGUGAUCAGUGUCAGGAACAAAGAAGAAAUGGCCUGUGCUUUGGUGCACAUUCUUCAGAGCACUGGCAGAGCAAAGGAUUUCUUGACUGACCUGGUGAUGUCUGAGGUUGAUCGCUGCGGGGAGCAUGAUGUGCUGAUCUUCAGGGAGAAUACACUCGCCACCAAAGCCAUUGAGGAAUACCUCAAGCUGGUGGGACAGAAGUAUUUACAAGAUGCACUUGGUGAAUUUAUCAAAGCGCUCUACGAAUCAGAUGAGAACUGUGAAGUUGAUCCCAGCAAAUGUUCAUCCAGUGAAGUGCACGAGCACCAGGCCAAUCUCAAAAUGUGUUGUGAGCUGGCCUUCUGCAAGAUCAUCAACUCCUACUGUGUCUUUCCUCGGGAGCUGAAAGAGGUAUUUGCAUCAUGGAAGCAGCAGUUCCUCAACAGGGGAAAGCAAGAUAUCAGUGAGCGCCUGAUCAGUGCCUCACUUUUUCUCCGUUUCCUCUGCCCAGCCAUCAUGUCGCCAAGCCUCUUCAACCUCAUGCAGGAAUACCCUGAUGAUCGUACCUCUCGAACUUUGACAUUGAUUGCAAAGGUUAUCCAGAACUUGGCAAACUUCACAAGAUUUGGGAACAAAGAAGAAUACAUUACAUUUAUGAAUGACUUUCUAGAGCAUGAAUGGGGAAGCAUGAAACGCUUCUUGGUUGAAAUUUCUAACGCAGACACAAUCUCCAACACACCUGGAUUUGAAGGAUACAUAGAUCUGGGAAGAGAGAUUGCUAUCUUGCAUUCUUUGCUGUGGGAAGUUGUGUGUCAGCUGGACAAGGGUGAAAAUUCCUUCCUACAGGCAACAGUAGAAAAACUGGGACCCUUGCCACGCAUCCUCACAGAUAUCGCGAAGGCAACAACAAAUCCUACGCCAAUUCAGCAGCAGUUGAGACGUCUGGCAGAUCACAACUCAAGUCCUAAUGUCAGCCUUUCCUCAGGGCUGCAAAAAAUAUUUGAGGACCCUACUGACAGUGAGAUUAAGUGUAAAUCUCCACCAGAAGAAAAUGAAGGAUACUUCAAAGGCAACUUGCUGUUGAUCCAGCAAUCAUCGUCACGGAGUGUGACUUAUUCAGACAAGGACGAUGAGACUAACCUGCCCAAUGUUCGAAGCAUAUCACUGAUGGAUCUCCAGGAUCCCAAUGCUGCACAGUGUGAUCCCAGCUCCGUGAUGCAGGAUGCUCCCGUACGUUUAUCCGGAAGCCAGCUUUCAGUCACCCAGGUGGCAAACAUCAAGCAGCUUCAAAAUACUCCUCAGAGUGCCCCCCAGGUUAGGAGACCUCUGCACGCAGCUGUCAACCAGCAGGGCAGCUUACAGGCCCUUUCCUUCCGGAAUCCUGUUUACCAUCUCAACAACCCCCCUCAGCCAAUGCCAAAGGUGUCCAUGGACUCCAGCUUGGAGAAUCUGAGCAUCCCCAGUUCCCGAAGCCAGAACAGUGAAGACCUUAAGCUCAGUGGACCAAGCAACAGCAGCAUGGAGGAUUUUGCCAAACGCAGCACGCACAGUGAAGAUUUUUCCCGGCAGGGCGCCAUACUGGACAAACACAUGCCCAUUGCUUUACCCCGCCAGAAUAGUACUGGACAAGCCCAGAUCCGCAAAACAGGACUGGGGGCAAGGGUGAAAACACCCCAGUCCCUUCCCCACAGUGCUUCUCUUCGAAGCACAGGGAGCAUGUCAGUAGCUUCUGCCACAAUGGCAGCGGAGCCCGUUCAGAAUGGAAAUCGGUCCCGGCAGCAGUCAUCCUCCUCCCGGGAGAGCCCAGUUCCCAAAGUGCGGGCCAUCCAGCAGCAACAAACACAGCAGUCACCUGUGGACUCAGCCACAAUGUCGCCAGUAGAAAGGACAGCUGCCUGGGUCCUAAACAAUGGGCAAUAUGAGGAAGAGGAGGAAGACGGUGAGCAGAAUCAAGAUGGAACCAAGCACGCAGAAAAGUACGAGCAGGAGAUAACAAAGCUCAAGGAUCGCCUGAGGGUGUCAAAUCGUCGGCUGGAGGAAUAUGAACAGCGCCUCUUGGUACAAGAGCAGCAAAUGCAAAAGCUCUUGAUGGAGUACAAGACAAGGUUGGAAGACAGUGAGGAACGUCUGCGAAAACAACAGGAGGAAAAGGAUAGCCAGAUGAAGGUCAUCAUCAGCAGGUUAAUGGCUGUAGAAGAGGAGCUGAGAAAUGACCACGCAGAGAUGGAGGCAGUCAUAGAGAUUAAACAGAGAAUAAUUGAUGCACAGGUCUUAAAUGGGGAUGAGAUAAUUCAAGCAGGAAAGACGGAUCUUCUCUCUGGAUAGAUCCAAUACACGGUUAACGAAAGCCCUAGCGCAAGUGAAGGAACGCUACAGUAUGCAGGCCCGGAACGGCAUUGUGAGUGUUUGAGAAGAGCACAAAGGGAGGACAGCUACAUGCUCUCCGUGACUAAGGGGAGGUGAUGUCAACAUAAAUUCCUGCCAUCUUUCUUAAAACUCACCCCAAGACAUUCACUCAAACUGUUUCAUAUUAGCAAAAGUAAUUCCUUUCCACCUAGCACUACAUAGUAUCUGCAUCCUGCUGUUUCUCUUUUUGCGUGUUAUUUUAUUGAAUUUUUUAAAAAAUUAGCAAUGUAAUAUGUACAUUUUAAUGCCCAAAAUGAACUAAACCCCUCUGUUGUUCUAGUUUAUUAAUAAAAUCUGCAUUAAGGCAGUAUUUGUUAAUGUACCCUUUCUUCAGACUUGUUUUUAUUCCACACACAAAAACAUUAAUAGAGCUACCAAUUUCCUAGAACUGUAGGUACAGAAACUCAGUAUGUUUGUAAAUAGUAGUAAGCUUACUACUACUUCCCUGCAUCAUUCCUCAGGUGGUGUUACUGCUUGUUGUGCUUUCUAUUCUUUAACACUAAUUAGCUUGAUGGCUGUCAAGAAUUUCUCUACUAAUUCUCCGUGUUUCUUUUUUGCCAAAUUUGAUUUUCAGUAGCAAGCCCAAGUCACCAUCAAACUGAUAAAAGUAAGGUGCUUAGUAACUGUGAAUUUGGAUUUAGAGCAUCCCGUGUACACAUUUCAGGUAGUAAUAUGUAUUAGUUCACCCACUUCAAAGUGUAAUAAGCCUGGCAACCUAUUAUUUCUUGGAAGCUUUUGCAUCUCCUUCCAACAAUAUCUUGUGAUUUUCCAUGGUCACCAAAUAGGUAAGCCUUAAGCCUGACUUACUUCAUGCUUCCCUCAUCUACCAGUGGCAAAAAUAUACAUUUUGUUAUUUCCAGUAGCUUUGUUAGUUCUGCUGGAAGAGAAUCUGAUACUAUUUUCUCAUUUUAUUGCCACAAUAAGUUAUGGCCUGCUUUGCAAAUGGCACUCGACUAUGAUUUCCUUUAUUUGUAAAUCCUGUUCUCAUACCCAAUCGUUGGAGUUCAUACACAUUUUCUGGGGGGUAUAAGGUAAUAGCAACUUUGAAUUCAGAUUCAGGUUGUUUGUAUCAACAUUCUUUGCCCUUUUACACUGCAAAAUCUCUUUUCACUGAUUAUCAUUAGCCUUUUUUCGAAUACAUUCAUUGUAAAAUCUUGCCAGCUUAGCAUUUUCCCAUUAACAAGACUUUACUCUUUUGCCUGUAGAGGGAAGUUUCCCCAUUGGAACAACUACUUAAAGAAAAAGAAAUGAAAAAAUGUGUUGUGUUGUUAUAGUUGCAAUACAGAACCCUAACAAUAUUUUAAAAACAUUUUAGAAAUGAUUUGUCACUGCUACCCCCUAAUUUAGUAAUUAGCAUUGUAACAUUUUUUCAUUGGUAGCACAGGCCAUAUAUGUUUUUAAAUCUGCCUCCUGCUGUUUCACUUUUUGUGUUAUUUUAUAGAAUUUUUUAAAGAAUUAGCAAUGUAAUAUGUAAAUUUUAAUGCCCAAAAUGAACUAAACCCCUCUGUUAUUCUGAUAUUUAUUAAUAAUCUGCAUUAAGGCAGUAUUGGUUAAUAUACCCUUUCUUCAAACUUGUUUUUAUCCCAGACACAAAAAAAUUAAUAGAGCUACCAGUUUCCUAGAACUAUAGGUACAGAAGCUCAGUAUGUUUGUAAAUAGUAGUAAGCUUACUACUACUUUCCUACAUCAUUCCUCAAGUGGUGUUACUACUUGUUGCACUUUCUAUUCUUUAACAUUAAUUAGCUUGACGGCUGUUAAGAAUUUUCCUACUAAUUCUUCGUGUUUCUUUUUUGCCAAAUUUGAUUUUCAAUAGCAAAUACAAGUCACCAUCAAACUGAUAAAAGUAAGGUAUUAGUAUUGAAACAUUUUUUUCAUUGGUUGCACAGGCUUAAUAUAUAUAUAUAUAUGUUUUAAAAUUAAAAAUAUGUCGUAGAACCUUUGUUCUAGCAUGACACUGUCUUUAAGUGAGCCCUCAUUGAUCCUUGACUUAACAAAUAUUUAUUUCUUUAAUUUUCAUCUGUUAUUCAUACUAGUCAAAAUUGCAGCAGGGUGAUGUUUGUUAGUACAGUAGAGUCUCACUUAUCCAACAUAAACGGGCCGGCAGAAUGAUGGAUAAGCGAAUAUGUUGGAUAAUAAGGAGGGAAUCAGGAAAAGCCUAUUAAACAUCAAGUUUGAUUAUGAUUUUACAAAUAAAGCACCAAAACAUCAUGUUAGACAACAAAUUUGACAGAAAAAGUAGUUCAAUAUGCAGUUGGAUAAUCCAGAAUGUUGGAUAAGCGAGUGUUGGAUAAGUGAGACUCUAAUGUAUUUGGACUUCCAUGCCUCUUCUUAGUACUUUUUGCUGAAAUUAUUCUCCCAAAUGAAACAAUGUAUUAACAACUAAGCAAAAUCCUUAACAUCUGAUCUGGGAAGAAGGGGAAAUGCAGGCAGCAACCUCAUUUUUUGUCAGUACAAUUUUCCCAAUCAUGAACUGCUUUGCCUAAAUCUGGAAGGAAGGUAGCUUUCCAGAUCUCUAUAGGCUAUAAAUCCCAGAAGUCCUAAGCCAUGUAGCCGGUGGCAAAGGACGUUGCAAGUUGUGGCCCAACAAUAGAUUCCGGGGGCACAUUCCACACCCUUGGUUUCAACUGAGUAUUUCAAUCAUGUCUUAUCAGUUGAUCAGCCUGGUGCUAACAGCCUGCUCCUUGGGAGAGACAACUCUUACCCUUCAGUUUUACUUUAAAGGGAAGCUCCUGUGCUGGAUAUGUUCAUUGUUUGGCAGCAGCAGCAGCUUAGGGACAUCACAGCAAUGAUUGUCCUUUUUUCCUCACGUUCUAUAUUUUCCUGAAGCUCCUACUGAGGAGUACAAUAUUUUGGGAGUCUAGUGGCACUCAUAAAGGGAAGAGAUCCUAUAUUAUCUCAGUCAACAUCAUCUCCAAAUGAGGGAGAGCUGAACUCUAGAAUUGCAUACCUCUUUGUGGCUUCCUUCCAAUUUUAGCCAUUAGAAAGCAUGGUGGGCUUCCAUAAGUUCGAAGCUGUGGGCCGCUCUGUGAUCAUCCUGGUCAUCGUUCUAUGAAUCCCUCCUAAAAGUCACUUUGAUUUAUGUAUAGAGGAAUUGAAUUUCUGUAUAGAGGAAUUUAUGUCCUUUCCUUAGCUUACUUCCCACAAGAGAAAGCAGGUGCGGAACAAGGAUAUAUAUGUGUGUGUAUGUGUGUAUGUGUGUGCUGAGACCUUAGAUUUCUACCUGUACAAUAGAUCUGCUGUCUCCAGAGCCUUAAUAAGAAUGUUAUCUUACCAGCCUUUUUUUGCAUUGCUAGCUUUGAAUAAUUUAUUUCAAUAUGCUUUACCUUUAACACAGACCUUUUUUUCCCUGCUAUACAUACUCCUUCCACCUGUAUUUUUAUGCCAGUAGUCCUGGACUCGUUGAGUCUUCAGGAUCCACUUCUGCAUUUCAUUGUCUGGGUUUGUUCUUAAGAAGAUUUAUUUUUGUUCUGUGAAUAUUUUUGGACAGUUUCUUGUAUAUGUACAGAUAUAGAUACAUUUGAGGUCUUUUAUUGAUAUUCCUACAAAGAAUUACAAAAUAAACUUUAACUUUAAAAAAAAUGAA